UUUUCAACUUAACUGUAGGAAAAUGUAUGUUCUCUUAUAGGAAAAUGACGAAACAAAAAUCUCAAGACACAACAGAAGAAAAUCUCAGAAAAUUUCCUAAUGAGGGUUGUAAGUGUUCUUCAAGAAUGCGAACUCUAGCUAUUGGAUGGUUUAAUUUUAUAAUCUGUCUAAUCUGCUUCGAAUGUAUUUUAUGGCAUGGUAUGAACAGCACUGACGAGCAUUUAGACAGAUUCCUUUACAAUACAGCAGACCUCAGUCCCACAAAAGUGGAAUACAUAAAAUCUGUAGCAGGGUUUGCAAGGGAGGAAGCCAUUUUGAGAAAUUUAGAAUACAAUCAGAUAAAGAACAAACUGGCUAAAGAUGGGAAUGAUAGAGUGUAUGAUUCGGAUAUUCUUCAAGAUCCUUUGUAUGACCACUGGAAUGCCCUAAGACCUGCAGUUAUACUUAGUGAUAUUAUUUUCAACGAAAAUCUUCUCAGACUUGUGCACAGAGUCCUGUUUGUGGCUGGAGGAGGUUCCAUUUUCUUCUUGAUUAUAAUUGGAUCAAUUGUGGGAAUUGGAGUAAUUUUCAACGGUUUGCUGCUUUAUGGAGCACACGUGGAUAAUGUCACUCAAAUCGCAGUCUGGAUUGCUUACCAGAGGUUCAUUUUUAUUUUUGAUGUGGGUCUACUUAUUCUUACAAUAGGUUCAAGAACACCCUUACUUACUUUGCUUCAAAUGUUGCGAAUCAUUUUCAGAUUGUGGUGUACUCGCAAUGUGAACCGACAUCUUAGAAGCUUCAGUUGGCCGGCGGAGAUUCUCAAAACUCAGUUUUACAAAACCCAAGUCAAACUGUUGCAACCGUCGUCCAAUCACAGCUCAGAACCGAUUUCAAUUGAUGUUAAUAAUUUAUCCAAAAUUAAUUGAAGCAUGAAUAAAAGUAUUGAUUCAAAUAGA